UUGCUUUGUUUGCAUGGCUGCAGAUCCACUGAGAAUGGCUAAUACGACAGUGGAGUUUCCUCCAAAUUGUGCCAACAUAAUCCAAGCAGGCCUGGGGUUCCCUAACACUAACGCGCAAUAUGUACAACAUGAAGGUCAGCAGCAUGGAAACUCCAACAACACACCUGAGCAGAGCCCUUAUGUUAGGGCAUUGGGGAAGUGCAUUAAAAUAGAGACCAAGACUCUGGGAGCCAUACAGAUCAUAAAUGGAUUGGUACAUUUUGGUUUUGGAGCUAUUCAAGCUGUUCUUAGCUACAGACACUACGUGACGAUGUUCAUUCUUAAAGGGUAUCCAUUCUGGAGCGGUCUGUUUUACAUUGCUUCAGGAUCUUUGUCUGUGUCCACUGAAAAUCACUUGAACACCAACUUGGUGAAUUGGAGUGUGGGAAUGAACAUCACAAGCGCUGCAAUGGCAUCAGUUGGAAUCUUGGCAUAUAUAUUAGAGCUGGCCUUAUAUCCAUCACUUACUCAUUCAUUUGGAGAAACUUCAUCAAAAGCUCUGGAGUCUGUAGGUACGGGUCUUAGCAUCCUGCUCCUCUUGUUCAGCUCACUGGAGUUCUGCAUCACUGUUUUGAUAGCGCAUUUUGGGACUCAGGCCCUUGCUGAUGUGCCCCACAAUGCCACUGAACAUAAUAUAAAUCCCACUGGAGGCAAUCCUGCUCAUCCAAUCUAUGGAAAUAUUUCUCCCCAUACAGAAGUUUAAUAAAGAGCCUGAACAAUUACGGGAGAUGUCAUGCCAGCAAUGUUGACAAUCCCGCAAUCUCAAUUUUUUCUCUUGAUAUUUGCAGAUAUUUCUAUCCUUCAGAACUAUGCGCUAGGGCUGCAACUUUUUGUAUAUGAUAAGGCAAGGCAAGUAGCUAGAAGAAAGCAUCUUUUCAGUGGUAGUGCUCUGUCUGAGGAACACACACCGCAAAGAAGCUCACCUGGCACCUACACAAUGGACCUUUAGGCAUCAGAAGAUCUUUUAUUCUCCCAGACAUUUUAAGUACUGUUUUGUGCUUUUAGAUAUUUUGCACUGCUUUAUUUUUGCUGACAGUUUUACUUGGUUUUAUUAGAAGCUACCUUGAUUUUACCCCUUUGCCCUGGUUUUGUCCUAUUGGUGUCAUAUGCUCUUUUCUAACCAUUGUUUUAUUGUUAUUUUUUAUUCCAUGUUUUAAUUUUCUGGAAAUUCCCAGAUAUUAUUAGGUGAUCUAAUACUGUAAGCAACCAAAUAAAUACUUUUUAAAAAAAUUAAAAGCCAAUGAGUAGAGCUUUAAAAUGUGACAUUCCAUGGAUGUAUAUAGCAUGGAGCCCAGAUCACAAAUGAUUCAUUUUAGUCCCUGCUGCAAUCCUCCCCACUUCCAUUCUAAGCUUUUCAAAUGCAAGGUAUGGCAGAAUGGAGAUU